AUGUUGCACCUGUGGAUUGUCUUAUUGAUAUUUACAACGGAUUUUUCAUUUUCAGAUGCGACCAUCUACGGCAGCAUCAACCAAAGCCCUCAAGAUAUCGCCGCCCAUGGAUCCAGCGUGCGAUCUUUGCCUGGUCAGGCAAUAGAUUUCAUCGACACUCGUCCUGGCGGGCCGGUGCGAGAGCGAAUUAACGAGACGCCAGGAAAGCACGCGGAUCUGUUCAGUCAACUGAAACACCUGCAGCAAAUUGCACAAAGUGACCACAGAUCCGUCCCGUCCGCCAUGACCGAAUCAGACUUGGCCGGUGCGCGGAGGUCCUUGGCAACGGUACUACAACUGCUGUUUCCCUACGGACGCCCUCAACAACGCAUUCGCGCGUAUUCAGAGGAUGCCUCAGGGCCAUUCGAUCGACAGGACCCACAACAAGAGGAAUCGUUCAUGCUUGAAGGACCAGACACUACCAACUACAUGCUGCACGGAAAGCUGAUCGAGAUUGGGCCGAAACAGCGUGGCCCCUCUGGCAGUACACCUGGUAAUGCAGUAGAAUCCGAAGAACGAACUGCCGCACCUUUGGAUGACACGUACGGAACCGUGGGCCAAAAGCGCGCUGCAGCCCUUCGUUCAACCGUUGCUCGACGUUCACACAUUCUUCCGGCGGUUACCGGUGGUGCCAGUGUUGAAGAUGGCAGCUUCAUGCCUUCCAUCAGUGUUGGUGAGUUCUACGGGGCGCUGACAAACUUGGGUGAUUUCUUCCAAAACCUGAAACACAACCUGGAAUCGCUCGAGUCGAAGAACCUCAACAACGACCAGGUGAAGCUGCUCGAGGGCCAGAACAUGAUGAGCGAUCUGCGCAAAGGGUUCUUCUAUUCCAGAGUUUGUCGAGGACUAUCGCAAGCCGGCGGGCAGUGCCGCCUUCCUGCACGCCAUCCGGAACUAUCGGCCCUCGCACCGGAUUCGAGCGCUGGUGUCUACCGUACCGGAGCUGUACCGUGGCACCAACUAUCACGAUCCCGUGUACAUGCUUGCCGGACUCGGAAAAUGAGCUACCCGCCGACCAUCCGACCGCCCCACUCGAUCCUGCUGGCGUCCUGCUAGGUGAAUCGGGUUCUUGGUGCAUCCUCUCUCGCGCGUGUCUUUCCCCACCGGAAGCGGCUGGGACGGAAGACGGAUGAGGCGGUAACGGAGCUCCGGCUGAUCAACUGACCACUUCCCUGAAAACGACCGUACUACCGUUCAUGGACCAUGGAUCGGUUCCUUUUAUCGCGUUCCCUGCUCGUGUACUGACUGUAAAUAGGUGCCAAGUUGUUGUUAGCUUUAGCAUUCCUGUGCAACCAACCACCCACCCGCCCGAGGUUCCUCCCGGGACGAUAUAAUUAUACCACAAUCAUGAGCACCGGUUCCGUGUGUUGAUGACACAGUAGAUCAGGCAAAGCACCAACGUCUCUCGGUACAAAAAAGAGAAGGAAAAAUACAUGCGCACACAUAACUAAAUUAUACCGAUAGCAUUUGGUAGUUUGAUGAAUCGAAAACAAAGGAAAUGCAUCAACAAAAAAGAAAAAAAAGAGUGCCGCAUAAAUGGUGGCACAUUAGAGAUCUUUAAUUGCUGCUUCAAGAGGGGGACAUUUGGUGAAGUUGCAUCGUGGGGAUAACCUGUGUGUUAGGAGGCUGAAUAUUCAAGACAAUGCACACGCCAUGGAAGGCAACAUCAUUUUCAUGCGCAGGCCGAUGGAGUUUCAAUAUUACAUGUCAAUAAAUUGUACCGACCAGAUUCGCUUUUGAUGUGUGG